AUGGCAAGCACCAUGGCUGCAGAUUCUGACGUCACCUGGAUCAGGCUUGUUCGCCGAGCUACGGGUACAUUUGUCCAGCACGAGAGACUCCUGAGCAGUAUAAAGAACCAUCUCACUUCACCCGGGACGCAAUUCCCGGGCCUUGUUCUUUUCCUGGGCGAGCACCGCAUGAAUGCUGGUCUCAGGCAUCUUUUUACAGCCAAUACUAUCACAUCCCAAAGGCCAAAUAUUCGCCUCCAAGUGGAUAACAGCACCUGGUUCAGCGACUAUCCGGUUUUGUUCGCAGACUGUGACCCUAAUGUCAUACCCUUGAAGGAGGAAGAUGAUGAUUUUCCGUUCAGCGAGGAAUUUGUCGUCCCUUGGGCAUCGGAUAUGGCGUGCCACACUCAUGAUAUCAUACUAUCUCGUGUAUUUGGCCUGUUUGCUGAUGUUAUCUGCAUCUUCGCGGACGACGUGGGUGGCGUGCAUGCGGUACAAACCGUGUUGGCGACAUGGGCAAAGUUUGCGCGAAAGGGAUCCAGUCUGGACCAUCGGCCACGAGUCCUGGUCAUCGUCGAAGACAGCGCGAGCAUCACGCAGGAUAUACUCAUGGAAUACGACCUCGAUUACCACAGCUUGGACAUCUCCGACGUCUUUUGUACACCAAGGAUUGUGCGCUUAGCACGGUACGAUGAUGCAGACCCGGGUACCGCCCAGAAUAGGAUUCUACAAGACGUGAUAAACGAAGGACUGGAAGGCAGCCGGAACCAACGGCGAGAAGAUGGGUGCCUGUUUUCGGCCGCGCAUUUGGACGGCUUAUUUCACCGGGUACUCCAGCAUGUCUGCCGAGCGCCGGAUGUACCGUUCGACUUCGUUCGGGAAGCACGGGGGAGCAUGGUGGACGAAUGUGAUCCACUGUCACAUUUGGUAAAUUUCAUCAACCUGACGUGUGAUUGGAACGCAGAGAGUCGGGCAACGGUAUUGGCGUCCGCGUUUCUGGUCGACGCAUACCGCCCUGGAGCGCACUUCUUCAAUCCAGCAGCGGUUUUUGACUCGCUAUACCGUGCAUUAUGUGGGGAGGCGUUAAGUGUCUCUGCCGCGUCAACCUUACGAUUGCAGCUGGUUGAGUAUCAGUUAGCGGGUUUCUAUCGGCAGCUUUUGCUUGGCCAAGGGCCGCCACGCAGGAUCCAUGAAGCAAACCUUGCUCGCAUGACAGAUAUUUUUUCUAGUGUCGUUUCUGGCCAAACAUGCCUCGCAUGUAUACUGCGCCCCCCGCAGCAUCCGCUUUCGUGUGGACAUGCUUAUUGCGAUAUAUGUGCCGCCGGGUAUGGCGUGCCUGUCGAAGGGGGGGAAUACCAGUACCUGGUCCGGGACUGUAUCAUCUGCCAAAGGCGUUGUGGGAACAUCGCCAACGUGCUGCCCCCGACGGGCUGUGUGCGAGCGAUUGCUGUGGAUGGAGGCGGCGUUCGCGGUUUUAUCCCCCUCCGCUUUCUGGACUGUAUCCAACGGCAAGUUGGCCCGGAAUGUCCUCUACCGCACCUAUUCGACGUUGCUUUUGGCACGAGAUCAGGUGGUAUUGUAGUCUUGAAAAUCUUCCAUCAGUAUUGCUCCGUUGGCGAAUGUGCGCAAGCGUUUUCGUACAUGAUGACACGGUUUUUCCAGGAAUCAUCGCCACUGUCAUAUUGGGAAAAGUUCUUGCGUGCGAUUAAAUGCCGCUGGACUGACGGAUGGUACAGUGCAAAAAAGUGGGAGGAGCUUCUGCAAGAGCAGUUCGACACCGAAAAACGCAUGUUUGACGUGCAGCCGAUAUCAGGGUUGAAAGUGGCGGUAGUGGCAGCCGCCGGCAAGCGCCCAAUGUUGCUGGUCAAUCACCGACGGACGCGAGCGAUAGCCGAUCAAGGUGGGUUUGAUACUUUCGGUAACCGCAUGCCAGAUAACAGCCUCCUGUCUAGGGACCUAUCAAGUGCAUCAGCCGACGAAUCUGAGCCAGGAGCCAAAACUAUGGCAAUGUGCACGAGCGACUACUGCUGUCCCUGCGUCAGAUACCCUCCGCCCCACCGCCCCGAUCAUGAACUGAUUUAUUUCAGUCUCUUUUCACCCAUCCAGCUAGAGGGCAUCGGGAACUGCGAAUAUGGCGGUUCCAAGUUCGAUAACCCUUCCACGCUCUGCCGCUCCGAGACCAAAUUCAUGUGGCCGGCGAGAUCGGAGCCUGUCUGCUUUGUUUCCCUCGGCACAGGUUGCCCCUCCAAGGAUGUACCACGUGGCGGCCACGCGCGUUUGAACUGGACCAGAGUGUUUGCGUCCCGUCUGAAAGAUUCGUUUGUGGAGUCCACGGACGCGGAGCAGGCCUGGGAAGGCCUCCUGGAUCAAACCCAUCCAGCAAGGAAGAAAGACUAUCACCGACUCAACGUGACCUUCCCCGGCCAGGAAUCGUCUUCAAAUGUGUCAGCACAGGUGCGACGGAUGGUCAGUCUUGUGGAUGAGACCGCUGCAGAUCAGGUGCCACCGGCCUUGACCUCGGUCCUCCUCGCCAGUCUCUUUCUGGAGUUAUCGUCAGCUCCCCGCUGGGAGAAUGGAUGGUACUAUUGCAUAGGGACAAUCAGGUGCCGCAUACAGGGUCUGAUCUUUGUUUCUACCUUGAAAAGGCUUCAUCCUCGGGCCUCGUCGUAUAUCCAGGAUGGCGAAGUGCUCAAUAUAUCGCCCUACGAUGACGCCAUUUGUCUACAUUGUGCUCGAUACCGCGUUCCGGUUCGUCUGGCCGUCAAAAGUCCGGAGACCCAGAUUUCCCUAUCUAUUCAGCUGGAUAGUCUCAAUGCAAGGCCCAUAGCUGGGUUUCCGACAUCUUUGCGCUGGCUACUCGAGAGACAAGGGCUGGAUCCCUUUGGCUGUUGUACCACUAGCCCGCAGGGUCUUCUGGCGCGUAGUGAAUGCAAGUCGUGUGACCUGAAAGUCUACCGGAAAGGCAGCUCGAUACAGAAACCUACAACCUACCGGAAAAAGGUUCGCUUCAUCUAA